GCCUCUGCGCGUUGUCUCGGCAGAUGCCCCGGCCUGCUUGAGAGAAGCAGCUGAACAAAGGAGCUGAAGGCGCCACCUCUAAAGAAGAGAGGGAUGCUGAGCCGAGCUGGAAGACCGUGGGUUUUGCUCCGAGCACGUAGGUGCGUUUCCCUCCUCCGGCUUUCCCAGCUCAUCAACUGCUGAACUUCUAGGGUGGAGAUGAAAGAGAUCUCGUCCUCCACGUGCGCUGCCGUGUUCACACUGGGCAUUUUGGCUUCCCUCUUGGCUCUUUGUACCCGCUGCAGAAGGAAAAAACGGAAACGGGCCCUUGCACAAGACUGGGUGAGGCUGGUUGAUGCAUUUCGUUUAAGACCCCCGGAGCUCAGCGAAUCAGCCGCCGAACCACAGCAGCCCAACGGGGUGAACUCCACGGGGGAAAACCAGAGAUUGGCCAUCAUUACUCUCCCACUAUCAUUGAGAGACGAUGACGGCACCGCGUCUGUCUCCAGUUUCCUCAUCCUUCCUCAAAGACAGCUGCCCCAUAUCCCUUCAGAAGAUCUUUCAGCCACAGAAGAGAUGUACUCCAACCUAUCCUUCCCGAGCCCAACCCAGGAGGUCCUCUAUGAAUCUGUAAUGCUGACGGGUGGAGAAAGGGAUCCUCCAGGGUUUAUAAAAGCGGAGGAGGGCGUCCCUCGAGGCCGAGAGGGCCAGGCAAAUGGGGCUGAGUAUGCCUGUGUGUUGAAAGUGAAGAAGAAGGAGGAGCUGCCCGAGGCAGAGGCUGAGGCUGAGGGCCCUCAAGCGAAGUCCCCACAGAAAUCUCACCUGGCCAAGACAGCGUUGAAUCUGCCAAUGGCGCAGGUAGAAGAAAUGUACUCAGUGGUAUGCAAAGGUGGGAAGAAGAAGAUGUCAGGCUCUGAAGCAGAUGGGGAAGAGAAACCAUGCCACGUUGAAAUGAGCCACGGAGACAGCCCGUGGGCACCUGUCCCUCAGGAACCGGACGCCAAGGCAGAGCCACGAGGUUCUUCGUCCCACUCUUUUGUUCCUGAGCCCUGCUAUGACUCGGUCAGUGAGUCCUGGGCACUCUCCGACCGGAGGGCGGAGGCAGAACCGGCGUACGAGACCAUCGACACUCACUGGAAACAAUCGAGGAGGAAAAGAAAAGCGAAACCAAAGGGGGCAGCAGAGAAUCUGUACGAAAGUAUCGAAAACUUGACCACACGCUUCGAAAUCAAAAUUUGCUCUCCAAGUUUGAAACGUGACUCUUGAUGGAGUCCCCAGCUCUUUUGAACCAGGGGGCAGCUUGUGAAUUCUGACCCAGCGUGGGGGACGUGGCCGCAAAAUGGCUGCCACAGGAGACGAAGCCAAAACAGCUGUCUCCACAUACCUUCUAUGAAAACAAGGGGGCACAGUGUGGACUGCAAACCAGAAAAACCAUAUGCAAUGAUUAAAAAAAACCCACAUCAACAAUUAUCUACUACGUUGUGGAUUGAACAAAUAACAAAGGCCCC